CGCGGGUUGUGUAUUCUUUCUUUACUCAUUCGAAUUGCAUAUGGAUUGGGAUCGUUAAAAUCUGUUGGUGAGCGGUGUAACGUCACAUCCACUUAUUUUAGGGACACACAGAAAGCCUUUGUACACAUAGUCUGCAGUAAAAGUAACGAUAAAUACGUAGGAUCGUGCGAUCCGUGCAGUGGGCAGCAUGUCUACCGUUGAGGAUCUGUAUCGCAACUACGGGAUCCUUGCGGAUGCCAAGGACCAUGUUGAACAGCACAAGGAUGCCUACCAAGUUAUACUGGAUGGAGUGAAAGGAGGAAUCAAAGAGAAAAGACUUGCAGCACAAUUUAUUCCCAAAUUCUUCAAACAUUUUCCAGACUUAGCAGAUGCUGCCAUAAAUGCACAGCUUGAUCUAUGUGAAGAUCCAGAUAUUUCUAUACGUCGCCAAGCAAUUAAGGAAUUGCCACAGUUUGCAACAGGAGAAAAUCUUCCUAGAGUGGCAGAUAUUCUGACACAGCUUUUGCAGUCAGGUACUUUAGGAGGUUUGUUUACACAAAUUGUUCAGGGGGAAGAACUUGUAAGAGAGCGAGCUAUCAAAUUCCUCUGUAUGAAACUAAGGACUUUGCCAGAGGAUGUAUUAACAAAGGAUGUAGAAGAAUUCAUUUUUUCACAGUCUAAAAAGGUCCUUGAAGAUGUGACCGGUGAGGAGUUUGUCCUUUUCAUGAAGAUUCUUUCUGGACUGAAAAGUAUGCAGACAGUUAGUGGAAGGCAACAGCUUGUGGAAUUAGUAACUGAUCAGGCCGAUUUGGAGCAGACAUUCAAUCCAGCAGAUCCAGACUGUGUGGACAAGCUGUUGCAGUGUACUCGUCAAGUAGUGACCCUCUUCUCUAAAAAUGUUCAUUCGAACAAGUUUGUCACCUGUUUCUGUGAGCAUGUUUUGCCAAUUCUGAGUUUACUUACUAGUCCCGUGGAAGGACUUGAUAUUCAACUGGAGGUUUUGAAACUGCUGGCUGAAAUAAGUCCCUACUUUGGUAACAUGGAAAAACUUGAGUCCAACCUAAUGAAGCUCUUUGACAAGUUACUGGAGUUUAUGCCUUUGCCUCCCGAAGAAGCGGAGAAUGGGGAGAAUGCAGGUGGCGAGGAACCCAAACUUCAGUUUAGUUAUGUUGAAUGUCUGCUGUACAGCUUUCACCAACUAGGAAGAAAGAUGCCAGAUUUCCUAACUACUAAACUUCAUCCUGACAAACUAAAGGACUUCAAGAUCAGGUUGCAGUAUUUUGCUCGAGGUUUGCAGGUGUAUAUUAGGCAGCUUCGUCUAGCUCUGCAGGGGAAGUCUGGUGAUGCCUUAAAAACAGAUGAGAACAAGAUUAAAGUUGUUGCCUUGAAAAUAACAAACAACAUCAAUGUUCUCAUCAAGGAUCUAUUUCACAUGCCUCCUUCUUUCAAGAGCACAGUAACGCUCUCAUGGAAACCAGUACAGAAGACAGAUUCUGGACAAAAGAGGUCAUCAGGAGGAGGUGCUUCAUCUGAGUCUCCACCAAAAAAAUCACCACCAGCUCAAAAAAGGGAUUCAAGGCAGAUAUACAACCCACCUAGUGGGAAGUACAGUGGUAGUAUUGGCAAUUUUUCGUAUGAACAGAGAGGAGGUUUUCGAGGCAGAGCCAGAAGUUGGGGAGGACGUGGUACACGCAGCCGGGGAAGAGUGUACUGAACAUUAAGACUGUUUAGGUCUCAGCCGCUUUGCCACCUUUCUUAUCUCUGUAAGGCCUGAUUCAAAGGUGCACAGUAUGGUACUAUAGUGCACUGUCAGUCGUGUUUUGAGAACAGCUAGUCGAAAAUCAGAAUCAACAGAAUAUCAAAUAACAUUCAAAUCGAAAAUAUGAAUAAUUCUGAAAUGGGAAGUAACAGGCUGUAGUGCCAUGUUUAUGCCCUAGCUUCUUACAUGUCCUUUGCUCCCUUCACCCUCCAGAAAAAGCUUCCGCAAUGGAGUAGGGCAGACCACUCUGUUCUGUUGCUUCCUGGCUUGGAUUGUUUAUUUUGACUGUGGUUGUUUAUUAUUUCCUGCUAUUUAUAUAAAGUGACCAUACUGUGAGCUGAAAACUAAGGGCAUUUUCCAAGGACUCCUUUGUACUCCUUAAAUAUCUAUUUAAGUAAUGCCCUUUCUGUGACAAAGUUAUGUUUUGUACAAUCCAAUUUUGAUUAUUUGUUUUUUUUUUUGUUUGUUUUUUUAAGAACCAAGCUACAUUGUGGAAUCACAGCUGUGACUUUCAUGACUUUAUAUGUUUUUUAAAUGGGAAAAAGUGAUGUUCUGGUUUGAAGGAUCUUCCACUUUGUUUUCCUUUUAACAUAGCAUUCAGUAAUGAGCUUAACUGGAGCUUUAUACUGUACAGGUGUUAAAUUUUAUAACUGUUAUUGUAUAUGGAUUCAGUGCUGUAUGUUCAGAUAUCAUAAAAAUCAGGCUGUUUGUAAUGGUCUGUUUUUUAAACUGCUUCCAUGUCUUUGUAGUAUACAAAGACGUGAAAUUCCAAGGUAAAAAUAGGUCUGCACCGUUACUAUACAGUGGUCUUUUUAAACUGCUUCUGUAUCUUUUUAGCAUACAGAGCUGUGAAAUUCCAAGUUAACAUAAAACUGCAUUACCAUAUACCACGGCUUAUCAAGUAACUCUGAAUGCCUAUUGUCUGGCAUUUGUAUGAUGCUAUUGUACAUUGGUUAAAAUUCCUGUGUAUUGGUGGAAAAGAAGCAUCAAGAAAUGGGCCUUAAAAUUUUUAGUAAUUAUCAGAAGUGCUAGUAAAAACUUUUUCCUCCUAGAGUGUGUUUCAUUGGAAAGACAUUAAAUGUUUUAUAUCUGUA